CUGGUCUCUCCCUUAAUGAAGAUGGCGGCCCUGGCCUCUUUCCAGUAGCACUUCGGGCCCAGAUUUUCCGUAAAAUCCUAGCACUGCAGGUGCGUCCUUGUAAUACCUUUGGUUGCAUUUUCUUCAUUUCUUAGCCCUAUAAACGCCGGGAUACUCUUCACAUUUGAAUAUGAACAACGUUUGCGUGCUGUCUGACGGGUGAGGUACGUUUGACACAGACGCCAAGUGUCACUCGGCAGGGGCAAAGGUGACUGCUAUUACAGGAAGUGCCCUAUCUCCACAGGCCUCUAGGUUUCCUGCCGUGUAAGAAGGGCAAUACGGUAACAAAAAACGCUAUUGGUGUUCUGCCUGCCACCUUGCACUGGAACGCUAAGGGAAAGUCUCCACGAGCCAUGUUUGGCUUCCAGUCCUGCCCCACCCAUUUUUGCGCACGCCGUGGACGGCCCAGACCAUUGGCUUCUGUUACGAACGCGACCCGGCGCGGCGAUUGGUCGAUUGUAAAUCCGGAACGCUGUGACUGGUCCGCAGAAACGUCUCGGAGCGCGCGCGGGAGCAGAUGCGAGCCGGUACUUCCAUGGUCACGAUGGCGCUCCAGGACCUCGGGAGAGAUCUGCAGCCUUGGUGUCCGCUGGAUCUCAGCCUCGAAUGGGUGAACUCAGUGUGGGAACUGGACUUCACGGAGACUGAGCCUUUGGAUCCCAGCAUAGUAGCAGAGAUCUUAGAGAACGGAAUAGAUGCAUUCACAUCACUCUAUGGGAGUCUUUUCCCCUUUGCUGCUGAAGAAAACGGAUCUCUAGAGAGCAUCUGGACCUUCUUCAUUGAGAAUAAAAUUUCCAUUAAUACACUGGUGGCGUUAUUCUGUCACUUCGUCCAGGAAGCACAUAAAAAAGAUGCCAGUGUACAAUAUCGAGAAUAUGGCCUUCAUGCUGCUGGCCUCUAUUUUUUGCUACUAGAAAUACCAGGCAGUGUAGUCAAUCAAGUAUUCCACCCUGUGAUGUUUGACAAGUGUAUUCAGAUUUUAAAGAAGAGCUGGCCUCAAGAUUCUAACUUGAGUCAAAAAAGAAAAAAGGAACACUUCAGGAGUUCUAAGGAUAAUCAUAGGAGGGGCAGAAAAAGAGGAAAACCGCCUAGGAAAGAAGAUAAUCAGGAGGAUGACUAUUCAGGCGAGGAAGAGGAGGAGGAAGAGGAAAUUUAUUUUUCUGCCCAGGACCUUUGUCAGAUACGGAAUGCCAUAUUUAAUCUUCUAAAGAAUUUUUUAAGGCUUCUUCCCAAGUUUUCCCUUAAAGAAAAGCCACAGUGUAUACAAACUUGUAUAGAGGUGUUUGUUGCAUUAACUAAUUUUGAACCAAUUCCUCAUAAAUUUCUUCUUUCACAAGCCAGGAACCUUACUGGAGUAAAAUACAUAUCAGAGCUGGCCUAUUAUGGAUUGUAUUUGCUGUGCUUCCCAACCCAUGGAGAAGGAAAUAAGGUUAUUGGUUCUAUUUUCCGUCAAAUCCUAAAUGUAAUAUUGAUGUUAGAAGUAGGAGAAAGGUCCCGUUGUGGCCCCCUUGCAAUAACUUCACAAGCCAUUAACUGUAGAAAUCGGGCGGUCCAGUUUAUCAGCUCACUUGUGGAUGAACUACGAGAAAGCGUAUUCCCAGUCCUUGGUACUUUGUUGCAGCAUAUCUGUGCCAAGGUGGUAGAUAAAGCAGAGUAUCGGACCUAUGCAGCACAGUCCCUGGUCCAGUUGCUUAAUAAACUUCCCUCUGAGUCAUAUGCUACAUUCGUUGCCUGGCUUUACAAAUAUUCACGGAGUUCUAAGAUUCCACACCGGGUUUUCACUCUUGAUGUUGCUUUAGCUCUCUUAGAGCUACCUGAAAGAGAGGCGGAUGACACUGUGUCAUUGGAGCAUCAGAAGUUUCUAAAGCACAAAUUCUUUGUGCAAGAAAUUAUAUUUGAUCGUUGCUUAGACAAGGCACCUACUGUCCGCAGCAAGGCGCUGUCCAGCUUUGCACAUUGUCUGGAGCUGACCUCUAGCAGCACGUCAGAGAGUAUAUUGGAGAUCUUCAUUAACAGUCGUCUAGUCUCAGGGAUACAGAGUCACUCUGCCUCUUUAUUGAGACAAUCAACAGGUUGGCCCUCGAUGCAGAGCAAUACUGGCAAAAGCGGUGAAAGAAUCCAGUCUGGAGAGAGAUGCUUCAUGACAAUGCUGAGAAAAAGGACCAGGGACGAAAAGAUCAACGUCAGGAAGUCUGCACUCCAGGUGUUAGUGAAUAUUCUGAAACACUGUGACAUCUCGCUCAUGGAGGAGGACCUGUUCAUCCUGCAAGAGCAUUGUCGAGACCCCGCCUUAUCUGUGCGGAAGCAGGCCUUACAGUCCCUUACAGAACUUGUUAUGGCCCAGCCUACAUGUGUGCCAGUCCAGAAAGCCUGGUUGAUGGGAGUCAUCCCAGUGGUGAUGGACUGUGAAACCACGGUGCAAGAAAAGGCCUUGGAAUGCCUGGACCAGCUCCUGUUGCAGAAUCUUAAGCAUCACAAGAAAUUUCACAGUGAGGACAGAAGCCAAGUGCUUGCUUGGGCACUACUUGCUCUCCUUACUACAGAAAGCCAGGGCCUCAGCUGCUAUUUAAAUAAGGCUUUUCGUAUUUGGUCCAAGAAAGAUAAAUUCUCAUCCACUUUUAUAAACAGUGUGAUAUCCCACACUGACACCGAGCGCUCAGCACCAGCGUGGAUGCUGCUCUCCAAGAUCACUUGCUCAUCACCCAAGCUGGACUACACCAAAAUAAUGGAGUCAUGGGAGAAACUCAGCAGUGAACAGUCUCCAAAUCCAAACACCUUAGGUUAUAUACUAUGUGUCAUUGGGCAUAUUGCAAAGCACCUUCCCAGGAGCACCCGGGACAAAAUAGCUGGUAUUAUCAAAGGCAAGCUGAAUGGAUUUCAGUGGUCUCUGGAGCUCAUCAGUUCGUCUGUUGACACUUUGCAAGGGCUCUGCCGAGCAUCUGCAAAGACAGUGCUGGAAGAGCAGGAACUGCUGAAGCAGGUGUGCAGGGAUGUGCUCUCCACCUGCGAGCACCACCUCUCUGACGUCCUUCUGAAGGAAGAUGGGACAGGGCACAUGAAUGAAGACCUGGUGGUGAAAUGUAUUUUUACCAUAGGAGAUAUUGGCCAGUUAUGUCCAGCUAUAGUGGAGAAGCGAAUCUUCCUUCUAAUCCAGUCUAUUCUGGCUUCUUCUUCUCAUGUGGAUCACUUACCAUCAUCUCAAGGGACCACAGAUGCCCUAGCCGGUCAGCUGCCUUUCCAGGUCAGCUCUGCCAUGCCUUCCGUGAUUAGAGCACAUGCCGUCAUCACUUUAGGUAAACUGUGUUUACAGCAUGAAGACCUUGCAAAGAAAAGCAUCCCAGCCCUUGUGCGAGAGCUUGAAGUGUGUGAGGAUGGGGCCGUCCGCAACAAUGUCAUCAUUGUGAUGUGUGAUCUUUGUAUCCGGUACACUGUCAUGGUGGACAAUUAUAUUCCCAAUAUUUCCAUUUGUCUGAAGGAUUCAGAUCCAUUUAUCCGAAAGCAGACACUGAUCUUGCUUACCAACCUCUUACAGGAAGAAUAUGUGAAAUGGAAGGGCUGUCUCUUCUUUCGAUUCGUCAGCACUCUGGUGGAUCCACAACCGGACAUUGCCAGCCUUGGGGAGUUUUGCCUUGCUCACCUGUUGCUGAAGAGGAACCCCACCAUGUUUUUCCAGCACUUCAUUGAGUGUAUAUUCCACUUCAACAGCUAUGAGAAACAUGGGCAGUACAACAAGUUCUCCCAGUCAGAGAGAGGGAAGCGGCUGUUUUUGCUAAAGGGAAAGACAAACAAGGAGAAGCGAAUGAGAAUCUACAAGUUUCUUCUUGAGCACUUCACAGAUGAGCAGCGAUUCAAUGUCACUUCCAAAAUCUGCCUUAAUAUUUUGGCAUGUUUCACUGAUGGCAUCUUGCCCCUGGACAUGGAGGCCAGCGAGUUGCUCUCCGAUACUUUUGACAUCCUCAGCUCAAAGGAGAUCAAGCUGUUGGCAAUGAGAGCUCAGGCAUGCAAGGACCUCCUGGAGGAAGAUGACAUGGCUCUGGCAAAUGUGGUCAUGCAGGAAGCCCAGAUGAAGAUCAUCUCACAGGUCCAAAAGAGGAAUUUCAUAGAGAAUAUUAUUCCAAUUAUCACCUCCCUGAAGACUGUGCUGGAGAAAAACAAGAUGCCUGCUUUGCGGGAACUCAUGAACUACCUCAGGGAGGUGAUGCAGGAUUACCGAGAUGAAAUCAAAGAUUUCUUCGCAGUUGACAAACAGCUGGCCGCUGAGCUUGAGUAUGACAUGAAGAAGUACAAUGAACAGUUAGCCCAGGAACAAGCUCUGACAGAACAUGCUAACGCGAGCAGAAAGGGAGACGAUGAUGGCAGAGCACAGGCCGUGCAGGGUGCUCCUGACUUACAAGCCGUACCUGCUGCUGCUGACCAGGAAAGUGGUAACGCGUCUCUGGCCAACAGCCAGCCUUCAGUACCUGGGUCCAACUUCACCCAAACUUUGUCUCCUAUAUUCGAAAAUGGGCCUCUGAAGACGAUGCCCAAUGCCAGGCCCAUGUCCCUGAGUACCAUCGCAAUCCUCAACUCAGUCAAGAAAGCCGUCGAGGCCAAGAGCAGGAUUCACAGCCGCAGCUUAGGAGCGUUGCCUUUCACUGUAGAGUCAGGAAGCCCAGAAAAGUCCUACAGCUCUGCAACUUCCUUAAGCAUGGAACAGGAAUCCAGUAAAGCUGGCAAACCUGUAACUAAACGGGCGAUCAGCACCCCAGAGCGGUCCAUCAGUAACGUCACAUUUGGAGCGGGGGUCAGUUACAUAGGGACACCAGCAACUCCAUUUCUUACCAAAGAGAAAAUUGAAGCUCAGGAGCAAGGAAAUGACAUUUUAUGUUUUUCACUGCCUGAUAAAUCGCCUCCACAGUCUCCACAGUGGAACAUAAAGUCUCUAGCCAGAAACAACGGCAACCCAAGAUCCAGCAGGAGGUCCCUCCGCAAGAUCCCCCUGAAGACAGCCAACUGAAAUAGUGUGUGUGAGCAGUGGCUGAAGGCAGAACCCUGCGGGGACACUGGCCUUUCCCAUGUGGAAAGGAAAAGGGUGGCGUGGGCAUGGUCUACAUGCGCAGAGACUUGCCGUACUGUGCCGCCAGUUCUUUUCGUAGGAUGCCAACAUGACUUUGUUCAACUUGUGCUGGCUGACCAACCUUCCAUAGUUGUUUAUUUUACUGCAGUUGAGAUUUGUAAAUAUAUACAGAGAUGGCAUAUCUAGACUUCUUUUUUACAAUAACAUUAAGCUAUUUAAUAUUGUGAUGUGUUUGAGUGUUAAACCUGUGGUUAAGUUACAAUCUGGUUUUUAAGGAACACAAUUUUAGAAACCAGCUUUCCUCUGUGUAACUCAAGUGUCUAUAGCUUCUCCAAAUUCACUAUGACAGAUAUUUCUCUUUGAUGGCAAAAUCUGAAUUGAAAUAUUUUUCUAUUAUUUAUAAUUGAAGAUUUUAUUAAAAGAGGUGUACAGUCUUUCUAAAAUUAAGGAAUAAAGGUCAAAUAUAAAUAUAAUCUCCUAGCAUUUAAUAUAAUUUUCUGGCUUUUGGGACAGGGCUUUAUUGGUGGUCUUCUUAACACAGCAUUAAGGAUUUAAAAAUACUUAAAAUAUAAAUAGAAUAAACUCCUUCCCAUUCUGGGUCAUGUGCCCACCUGCCUUUGUUCCCAGAUAGAGACUUUCUGUCUCCCUAACGACAGACAUCCCAUAAGUACAUUGGGUAUAAUCCUGCUUAUGACAGAACGUCUUCCGGCCUUGGAGUGGCAGUGGGACUGCUUCGUGACACCGCCAAGGGACAAGGGACCUGGGUUCCAGGAACCCGAGAGAUGGAAUUCCGUGUUCUGCUUCUUUGGAGACAUGAGUCUCACUGUAUUGCUCAGCAUGCUGAACCGGACCCGUCUGGUCCUUUCCUUGUUUCAGCCUCUUGAGUAGCAAGGACCACAGGCACGCUCUGCCAUACCUGGCUAGUGCCACCCUCCUCCUGUCCCCAUGUGCCCCCAUGCUAAGCCAGGAGCAGGUGUGCCUAGGCAAGCCUCCAGCACCGGAACUGGCGUUCGUAGUGUGCAUGUGGUAGCUAGAGUCGGGAAUGGAGUAUUACUGUUCUCCGCUGUAAAGAAGCUCUGAGAGCUGGUGGGAUACAUGUCAUAGCUGCUCCUGAGUGAACACUUGGCUGAUACCGAUGUGGCUUUUCUUAUUGUGGUGGAGCCUUUGCAGAGUAUGUGCCUAGCCAGAUGCUAAGAAUACAGGAUCGACUAACACAAAGAAAUAAGUGGUUUCAUUUUAUGGGUUUUUUUUUUUAAGUUUUUAUAAAUGAGCAAGUUUUAACAAAUAACCAAAUUGCAGUUGUGUUAGUAUAAGUCUGUAACGGCUAUGAACAACAAGUUCAACAUCAAUAGUCAAAAACAAACAAGCAAAAAACCAGCCUCUUCCAGGUUCCUUCAGUCACAUUCACAUCUUACGGGUCAGUGAGCUUCUUCAGGCCACGUCUGUCCAGGCACAGGCUACCGCUUUCCAGGCUCACGUGUUGCCUUGUCAGACUAGUUCCCGUGGCACUGUGAAAGAAUGCUUAGCGCAUUAAAGAGAAAAGGCGGGAGCAACAUGGCUGCCCUAUUGCUGUGACAGCCACUGGAAGGUCAGUGUAUUAUUCUCCCACCCCACCCCUUUAGAGCUGCAGCUGUCCUGCUCUACCAAGAGAGGGGCAGGGGUAGAGGAGGGAUGAGAUUAUCCAGGAUGCAGAGCAAGAGAAACCGGGCUGUGCUGGACAGGCACAGAAUUACCACCCUACUGUUCCUGCCAGUAUCUUAGCAUAUAGCCUUCCACAUAAGAAAAGAAAAAAAAGAAAAAAAAAAAAAACGGUGUGCUUCAAGUAUUCAGUGAAAAAAGGAAGGGGUGGGGGACUGUAGAAGUAUAAAAAAAUAUUAACAUCACAAAGUGGCUAGCUCCUCCAUAAAAACCUCUCUGGGUGCAAGGUAGGAUUAGGAACUCCUUUAGAUGCCCCUGGCUUCAAACCACUUUACAUCCUGAUCUAGCAUGGUAAAGUGUUUGAGACGAAGGAUGUCUGUUCCUAAAAGAAUAAAGGCUUUUGAAUGGUGUUUUUAAUGUUCCAUAAAAUGAGUAGUGUCUCCGGUAGAUAAAAGAUUUAAAAUAAAAAUUAGAAAACUG